AUGCCAGCGACCAGCAGCGCAGUCGCGGCCAAUGCUGCCGACGAGUCGACGCCGCUCUUGAGGGACGCGCCCGGGGUCAACGGUAUCUCGGAAGCCGGCCCUUCCUCCGCCGGCGACGUUGAAGGUGCCGGAGAUGGCGAGGCGGCUGCUGAGCCAGAGGGCAUACCCGACGUAGCUGCGCGGAUGCAUCUUCUCUUACCCGCUAUCGGCAUUGGUAUCUUCCUUUGCGCCAUGGACCAGAUGUUGACGGUAGCCAGCUACGCCAAGAUCGGAAGCGACCUCAACGCCCUGAAUAGCACCAGCUGGGUGGCCACAGCCUACUUCCUCACCCUCACGAGCUUCCAGCCCCUCUACGGCAAGCUCAGCGACAUCUUUGGCCGCAAAGAGUGCCUCCUCUUCUCCUACACCGUCUUCGCCCUCGGCUGCCUCGGGUGCGGCCUCGCCCGCGACAUGACGCAGCUCUGCGUAUCCCGCGCCGUCGCCGGCAUCGGCGGCGGCGGCAUGAACAGCGUCGUGUCCAUCCUCAUCUCCGACAUCGUGCCCCUGCGCGACCGCGGCGUGUGGCAGGGCUACCUCAACAUCAUCUUCGCCGCCGGCACCUCCACCGGCGCGCCCCUCGGCGGCUUCCUCGCCGACUCCAUCGGCUGGCGCUGGUCCUUCCUCGGCCAGGUGCCCCUCUGCGUCCUCGCCUUCGCCUCCGUCUCCCUUUUUCUCCACCUGCCCCGCAAGGACCACGCCCACUGGCGCGAAAAGUCGCCCGCGUCGACUUCCUCGGCGCCGCCCUCCUCGUCUCCGCCGUCACCGCCCUGCUCGCCGGCCUCGACGCCGGCUCCAACCGCGGCUGGCCGUCCAGGGCCUCUCCACCACCGACUCCGGUACCCUCCUCGUCCCCUGCAUGAUUUUCGGCGUCGCCGCGUCCCUCGGCGGCGGCUACAUCAUCCGCCACACCGGCCGGUACUACUGGGUCACCGUCGCCGGCUACACCAUCCUCUUUCUCUCUGCGCCCCGCUCAUGGCCGCCAUCUACGCCCGCUCCACCCCGGGCGUUGUCCUCGGCCUCGCCAUGACCGCCCUCGGCGCCGGCUGCGGCAUCACCACCACCCUCGUCGCCCUCCUCUCCAACGCUCUUCCCGAGGACACCGCCGUCGUCGUCGCCUGCUCCUACCUCUUCCGUUCCCUCGGCUCCAGCAUCGGCAUCAGCGUCUCCUCCGCCGUCCUGCAAAACGUCCUCCGCACCGAGCUCCGCACCCGCCUUGGCGACGGCGACGCCGCUCGCCAGAUCGAGGAGAGCGUGCGCAAGGAUCUCCGCGCCAUUGCUGAUCUGCCCGCGGCCGUUGCCGCCGACGUGAGAGAGAGCUAUAGGUUGGCUGUUGGCGCUGCUAUGGGGCCUACCAUCAUUGUCCUGGCCUUUGCUGUGGUGGCUACCUUUUUCAUUCGGGAAAAGAGCAUGAGGAAGUAG